AUGCUUCUGUUGACAAAUGAAUUAUGUCGCAUAAUUGGCCUCGAGUGUCAAUUCAAGUUUAAACUCUUGUUUUAUAUUUUGCUUACGCCUUUGUUAAAGUUUUUAAAAGAAGAUCAAACAGUUAUUUCAAAAGAAAAUUGGAAAAUAUUUACGGAAGUUUUCUAUCUGCGGGGGUUGCUAAACAGAAAACGUCAAUUGAUGUCUCGAAAUAGAUAA